AUGGAACAGACGAGAUUUUUUAACCGGAUAAUUAACUCGCCAGCAACUUCAACAAGUCGACCAACUGCUCCUGCAGACCCAGAAAAUCGGCCAGCUACUCCUUCAACAAAUCGACCAGCAGCUCCUGCAGCCCCAGAAAGUCGGCCAGCAACUUCAACAAGUCGGACAGCUACUCCUUCAACAAGUCGACCAGCUGCUCCUGCAGCCCCAGAAAGUCGGCCAGCUACUCCUUCAAUUCAAACAAGUCGACCAGCUGCUCCUGCUGCCCCAGAAAGUGGGCCAGCAACUUCAACAAGUCGACCAACUGCUCCUGCAGCCCCAGAUAGUCAGCCAGCUACUCCUCCAAUUCAAACAAGUCGAUCAGUUGCUCCUGCAGCCCCAGAAAGUCGGUCAGCUACUCCUUCAACUUCAACAAGUCGAUCAACAGCUCCUGCAGCCACAGCAAGUCGGCCAGCUACGGUUUUAGUAGAACUGCCUCCAGCUACCACUAAAGUUCCGAAAAUACUACAUCGAUCAACAGCUACUUCUGCUGUGAUUAAAGGAGCUUGGUCAUAUACCGAUGAAGUUCCGGUACCCACUUUGCCAAGAGCAACGGCAGCAUUAAAAGAAGGGACCAUUCAAGUACAAGUCACGUCAUCAAAAGCUCGAAAAGAAGUUCCUCUGGCCAUAUGCGAUCCGGAAAAUGGAACACGAAAGUCGAAAAGAAGACGCAUGGAGAAAUCUUUUGCGGAUGACGUAGACUCAACCUCGGAUCCUUUAAGGAAACCUACAUUAUGCGCAGCUCUGCCUUGCAGAAAGCCGAGGGGGAGACCGAUAUGGAUUCUGUGUGAUGGCAAAUGUGGCAAAUGGUUUCACCAAACGUGCUUAGGUUUGAAACGCGGCCAAAUUUCACAGUCUGAGCACUUCAUUUGCCCAAGUUGUCUCUGAUUCGAUCAGGGAACCGAAACUGAAUAUGAGUUGGAUGACGAGUUCAUGGGGAGGAGGCAGAUCCGUGUUCGCUUCAUUCACCUCAACACGCUCUGGUUCGUUGACAUCAUUGGUCUGAGUCCCUUUUUUACCAUCAAUCUCAUCUUUCACAUCUUCAUCAAACUUUCUUCAUUGCUAAUGCUUCAUUGCGUUUCAUGAUAAGUGCGAUUGUUAUGUAUUGUUUUAUACCUGAGAUCCUGAGAAAUACAGAUUUUUUU